AUGUCCAAAAAGGUCAUUUUCCUCACGGGAGCCCCUACCUUACAGAGUCUUAGUUGGGAGGAAAACGAGCUUCUGAAUGCACCGGUCUAUCCAUUCCAUGAUGCGGGCAUUGAAAAUGAGCGAUUUCGCUCAUUCUCGGAUGCUUGUAACCCGGUGAAAUGGAGGCUGUUACAGGAUCUGGCUAUUCCGGAAGUGUCUACUCCAAAGGACAUAUCGGGUUCUCAAGUGGCUCGGUUCUUCACCAUUAACGACCUAGCAACUCCAAGCAGAAUAUCAAUACCAGCAACGGAAGACUCGGCACUCUCCCAAUUCUACGACCAUUCCUUUGAGAUCCACGAAACGUCCGAGAUAUCGGCGCCUGGUGAUCACUCCGAGGACUCGCUGAAAGAGAGCCGUCUCUGGGCAGACAGCACCGGCAGUUCGAUUGCAACUAGCAGCGACGAGGAGGCUCUGAGACCGGCGCUUUCCAUGCAUGGACAUAUCACCGAUCUCCAAGAGAUUCCUAGCGCUGCAUACCUGGAGGGCAUUGUGCCUCAGACGAUGACAGUUAAUCUUAUCGUCAGCAUCAUCACCAUCCGCCCGCCGCGUCGCAUUGUGACGCGGCACUGGCAACGUGAAUUAGAUCUGGUUGAGAUGGUGGUAGGGGAUGAUACCCGUAGCGGCUUUGGGGUUACGUUUUGGCUUCAACCCGCGGAGCGAGACUGCGGCGAUGAGCACGAACUUGGACGGUCGCUGUCGACCGUCCGGCCGCGGGACAUUGUCCUACUGCGGAUGGUAGCACUGAGUUCAUUCCGGAAACGGGUGUACGGCCAGAGUCUUAGGAAAGGGGUGACUAAGAUUGACCUGCUGCACCGACAUCGGGUCGACGCAACAGAUACCGGUGGAAUGUAUAGUGCAAGGAGGCUGCGUGAGAUUAACCAAGACGGUGCACCCAAGAACGUCGACGACGCAAUGCGGGCGAAAGUUAGCAAAGUCCACGAGUGGAUCAAGCUAUUUGUGCCGGAUGCAGAAGGCGGUGACAGCAACAGGCAGCGACAGGGUGGGCCAAGGCAUUUUCCCAAGAAAAACCCUCUUCUGCCGCCAGACACGCCUGAGGACUCGGGGUAUAAUUAG